CUAAGGUGGAGUUCUCAAAUCUUCUUGUACAGACCCGUGCUGCUUCAUUCCUCAUGCAUAUUCGGGGUAUAUAGGACGCUGGAUACAUAGUAUGACACUUGAAACUAAGGAGUAGUUUUGGGCAAACCAGCAACGUUGCCAUCGGUUAACUUUCGGAAAGAAAGACUGAGCGAAUGGCGAAGGCUGGUGCCAAGAAUCGUGUUAUAGCGAAUGCAAAGAGAGUGAAGCUGUUGAAGCUGAUAAUUCUCACAGCUAAUGUUCUCCAUGUGACUCUCAAACUCAUCCUCUUCAGGCAGAGCAGAACGCUACAAUCAUGGCUCGGAUUUGGGCUAACUUCCUUGAUAUAUGUAGUGUGUUACAGUGGUAUAGCAUCAAUGGCAGAGCCAACGUAUGGGGCGAAUGGGGAGCUGCUGGAUGGAGGCUCUGAUCUGAACAUGGGUGGCCUGUGCACCUAUUACCACGAUCUCAUCUACCUUGCGGCUAUUGUGCAGAUUGGCACCAUCUUCUCAAGCCGCUUCUGGAUGGCUUUCCUGGUGGUGCCUUUGUACGCGGCAUAUCAACUCUGGGUAAACAUAGUGAAGCCAUACUUCCUUGCUCCUCGACCUCAGAGCGUGGCGCAGGAGGAGACACCGGCAGAGAAGAAGAAGCGCGAGAAACUGGAGAGGAAGCAAAACAGAGUUAGGUACAGGUGAUCCUCAGGGAAGAGGCAUGCAAGGAAGUUCGUCUUUGCUGUCUCUGGCCUUUGCUGCCUUGG